UCAUUUGACGCGGUUACUCAGCACGCAAACCAAGAUGGCGAACGCUAAGCGAAAGAUCGGAGGAGAAGAUACGAAUAUUACGUUCGAAGAUCAACAACAAAUCAACACGUUUGCACGGAAAAGUGCGAAACUUCAAGAACUGAAAGAUGAAAUUGAGGAGAAAAAGAAAGAGUUACAGAAUCUUGAAGAUGCCGGUGAUGAGAUAAUGCUAUUAGAUGAUGACACAGCACCAAUUCCUUACAGAAUAGGGGAAAUUUUUAUUCAUUUAUCCUCUGAGGAAACUCAAGAAUACCUGGAGAAGGCAAAAUCUAAACUACAAGAAGAAAUGAAGUCCUUAGAAUCCCAGUCAGGAGAAAUAAAAGGAGUUCUGGGUGAUCUGAAAGUGAAACUUUAUGCCAAGUUUGGCAACAACAUUAAUCUGGAGGCAGAAGAAGAGUGAACUUGUUGUUAGUCUUGAUAGUUUUCAUUUCUUUUAUCAGUAAUGUAUUUAAAAUGCAAUAAACUAUAAAUUGUACAAGA